AUGGUUCAUUUCCCGGCUCCUCUUCUCUGUCUCCUUGCCGCAAGCGUUUCGACGGCAGUUUCGACGGGUGAGGGAUGCGGUCAUCCUGAUACACCGAUGGAAGACGAUCAGAACUCCCAGCUACAGACAAAGCCAGCUGCACACAGCACCGCAACUCAGGAAAAGUUUCCGGACUGGCUGCUCUGGCAGAUGAAGGGUGAGCUUGAUGACCUUCAAAGCCGCAACAGCGCACUUGAAGAAAGCACGGCUUUGGACUGCAGCUUCGUUUUCAGCGUGGAGACCGCGCAAGAGGGCCGCCUGUUUGUACCGGUAGGUAGCCGUUGCGGCUACGAUGACAGCGUUGAUGAGUCGGAUGUGGUCUGCACAGCGUCUCAGGGCCCAUCGGUGAAUCCACAGUCGGUAAAGUCGGACAUCACACCCUUUGAGUUGCAGCCGGCCGGGUCCGGCGUGAACUACAUGGUGGAAAUCGUUGCCGAUAAUGCGACUUACAGAUUCCAGCCACCUGACCAGUGGAACAUUGCAUGCCGAGCAGCUACGACUACACAGUAG